CUUAUAUUAUAAAUACUACAAAGAGAUUAUAUGGGAAUAGGUAAAGGAUAAUUAAUUUGAUAAUUAUAAUUUUUGAAAGAACAAAUUUUGAGAAAAAAAAAAAAGAUAGGCUUGAGAGCUGUGAAUGAGCUGUCUCUCUUUCAUUUAUAUUCCAACCUCUUUCUCCUUCCACACAAACAUAACACAAAACCUCCUUCUCUUCCUCAUAUCUCCAUAUCCCAAAAAUACUCUUAUAACAUUGUAUUAUUAUACAAUCUACAUUUCCCAUUUUACCCUCGCUUCUCCUUCCAAUUCUCACCCCAUUGCCACUUCACUCAGAUGUCUUGUACACUGACAUGAAGAAGACGAUUCAAAUCCUCCUCUUCUUCUUCUUCCUCAUCAAUCUCACCAACGCUCUCUCAAUCUCCUCUGACGGCGGCGUUCUCUCCGAUAACGAAGUCCGUCACAUUCAACGCCGUCAAUUACUCGAAUUCGCCGAACGAAGCGUCAAAAUCACCGUUGAUCCUUCUCUAAACUUCGAGAAUCCGAGAUUGCGAAAUGCUUAUAUAGCUCUACAAGCUUGGAAACAAGCGAUUCUCUCUGAUCCAAACAAUUUCACUUCGAAUUGGAUCGGAUCCAAUGUCUGUAACUACACCGGAGUUUUCUGUUCUCCGGCGCUUGAUAAUCGGAAGAUUCGUACCGUCGCCGGAAUCGAUCUCAAUCACGCAGAUAUCGCUGGUUAUUUACCUGAAGAGCUUGGUUUGUUAUCAGAUCUUGCUUUGUUUCAUGUUAAUUCAAACCGGUUUUGUGGUACUGUACCACACCGGUUUAACCGGCUUAAGCUUUUAUUCGAGCUUGAUCUUAGUAACAACCGGUUCGCUGGGAAGUUUCCGACGGUUGUCUUGCAAUUACCGUCGUUGAAGUUUUUAGAUCUCCGGUUUAAUGAAUUUGAAGGAACUGUACCGAAAGAGCUUUUUAGUAAAGAUCUUGACGCGAUUUUCAUAAACCAUAACCGGUUCCGGUUUGAAUUACCGGAGAAUUUUGGUGAUUCGCCGGUUUCGGUUAUUGUUUUGGCGAAUAACCGGUUCCAUGGUUGUGUACCAUCGAGCUUGGUGGAGAUGAAGAAUCUUAACGAGAUCAUCUUCAUGAACAAUGGUCUUAAUUCUUGUUUACCGUCUGAUAUCGGACGGUUAAAGAACGUGACGGUGUUUGACGUCAGUUUUAAUGAACUUGUUGGGCCGUUACCGGAGAGUGUUGGUGAGAUGGUUUCGGUGGAGCAGCUUAAUGUGGCGCAUAAUAUGUUGUCGGGGAAGAUUCCGGCGAGUAUUUGUCAGUUACCGAAGCUUGAGAAUUUCACUUAUAGUUACAAUUUCUUUACCGGAGAAGCGCCUGUGUGUUUGAGGUUGCCGGAGUUUGAUGAUCGGAGAAAUUGUUUGCCGGGAAGACCUGCUCAGAGGUCUCCAGGGCAAUGUAAAGCGUUUUUGUCUCGUCCGCCGGUAAAUUGUGGAUCGUUUAGUUGUGGCCGUUCUGUGUCGCCUCGUCCUCCGGUUGUAACGCCGUUACCACCGCCUUCUUUGCCAUCUCCGCCUCCACCUGCGCCAAUUUUCUCAACACCUCCUACGCUUACUUCCCCACCACCUCCGUCACCGCCUCCGCCUGUUUAUUCUCCCCCUCCUCCACCGCCACCACCUCCUCCGGUAUAUUCUCCUCCACCACCACCGCCCCCACCGCCUCCUCCGCCAGUAUAUUCUCCUCCACCACCACCACCGCCCCCACCGCCUCCUCCGCCAGUAUAUUCUCCGCCACCACCAUCGCCGCCUCCACCGCCUCCGCCAGUCUACUCUCCCCCACCACCACCACCGCCUCCACCUCCUCCGCCGGUAUACUCUCCUCCGCCUCCGCCAGUAUACUCUUCUCCACCUCCUCCGCCUUCUCCAGCACCAACUCCAGUUUAUUGCACCCGUCCACCACCCCCACCACCUCACUCGCCGCCACCACCACAAUUUUCUCCUCCACCACCUGAACCUUACUACUACAGCUCACCACCACCACCGCAUUCUUCACCGCCGCCGCAUUCACCUCCACCACCACAUUCACCUCCCCCACCGAUUUAUCCAUAUCUGUCUCCACCGCCCCCACCAACACCAGUUUCUUCUCCACCACCCACUCCGGUCUAUUCCCCUCCUCCCCCACCUCCUUGUAUAGAACCACCACCACCUCCACCGUGUAUAGAGUAUUCACCUCCUCCUCCUCCACCAGUCGUUCAUUAUAGCUCUCCGCCUCCACCGCCAGUCUACUACAGCUCUCCGCCACCUCCACCAGUCUAUUACAGCUCUCCACCUCCGCCACCGCCGGUUCAUUACAGCUCUCCGCCACCACCAGAAGUCCAUUACCAUUCUCCGCCUCCAUCUCCAGUACACUACAGCUCUCCACCACCGCCACCAUCAGCUCCAUGUGAAGAAUCUCCUCCACCAGCACCGGUAGUUCACCACAGUCCACCACCGCCCAUGGUUCACCACAGCCCACCACCUCCAGUGAUCCACCAAAGCCCACCACCGCCAUCUCCUGAAUAUGAAGGACCACUACCACCGGUCAUCGGCGUAUCAUACGCAUCUCCUCCACCACCGCCGUUCUAUUGAUUCUUUUGGAAAACACGAGACUGAAACGAUUGACGUGACACGAACAGAUCGAAACACUAUACGACGUCGUUGUCAAUUCUUACAAAAAGAAAAAAAAAAAGAAAUUAUAAGAAAAAGAAAUGGCUGAUUAAAGAGUUGUUUGUUGUAUAGAGGAUGAGUCUCUUUUGUGUUUUCUAUUAAUUUUAUUUUUUUCCCUCUUUUAUUUGGAUUUCUUAGCACAUUAUUCGCUUUAGAUUUUGUAUUUUAUAUAUGCGAAGAGCUUAGGCUAUACAUUUUAUUUGUUCAUUAUCAAUAUCCUUCUUUAAUUUUACAAAAAAAUUAACCAUUUCCAAAUUGGUGUAAACAAACAAAUAUGCUUACAAAAUUUAAAAGAAGUAAGAUUUGGGUCCAAAGUAAGUUUUGUCUGAAUAUAAAGUUGGAAACAGUUGCAAAUGAAAGUGACUCGUCGAAGCCUUGUUGGAGAAAAAGAG